GCCGGCGAGAGGCGGCGCCGUGAAGUCAUAAAUGACGUAGGGCUCCCGGAAGCGGCCCGGAGCGGAGGGUACGGUGGGCGAGGAGGGGCCUGCGACCGCCACCGCCGGCAGUUUGGCGGAGCCGGCCCCCGCGCUCCGCCUCGCCUCACGUCGCCGCCGCCGCGCCUGGCCGGGGCCAUGUCGCUCCUCCAGUCCGCCCUGGACUUCCUGGCCGGGCCCGGCUCCCUGGGGGCCGCCAGCCGCGACCAGAACGACUUCGUGGGGCAGACGGUGGAGAUGGGUGACAUGAAGCUGCGCAUCAAGCGGGUCAUCGCGGAGGGUGGUUUUGCUUUUGUCUAUGAAGCUCAAGAUCUUGGAAGUGGCAAAGAUUAUGCUUUAAAGCGGUUGUUGUCUAAUGAAGAAGAAAAGAACAAAGCCAUCAUUCAGGAAGUUUGUUUUAUGAAAAAGCUUUCAGGUCAUCCCAACAUUGUCCAGUUCUGCUCUGCUGCAUCUAUAGGAAAAGAAGAAUCAGACACGGGACAGGGAGAGUUUCUUCUGCUUACUGAGCUGUGUAAAGGACAGCUGGUGGAAUUCUUAAAGAAAGUAGAGUCCAAAGGACCUAUCUCCUGUGAUACAGUUUUGAAGAUCUUUUAUCAGACCUGCAGAGCAGUGCAGCAUAUGCAUAAACAGAAGCCUCCUAUUAUGCACAGAGAUUUAAAGGUGGAAAACUUGCUUAUUAGUAAUCAAGGGACAAUUAAACUUUGUGACUUCGGUAGUGCUACAACUAUAGCUUAUUAUCCUGACUACAACUGGUCUGCACAGAAGAGAGCGUUGGUUGAAGAAGAGAUUACAAGGAAUACCACGCCAAUGUACAGGGCACCAGAGAUGAUAGACUUGUAUUCAAAUUUUCCAAUUGGUGAAAAACAAGACAUAUGGGCCCUGGGCUGUAUCCUGUACUUACUCUGCUUCAGGCAACAUCCAUUUGAAGAUGGAGCUAAACUUCGCAUAGUCAAUGGGAAAUAUGGCAUUCCACAGAAUGACACCCGCUAUUCAGUAUUUCAUGAUCUCAUUCGUUGCACUUUGAAGGUGAACCCAGAGGAGAGGUUGUCAAUCACUGAACUUGUGAAUCAAUUGCAGGAGAUUGCAGCAGCCAGGAAUGUGAAUCCUAAAUCUCCCAUCACAGAGCUUCUGGAGCAAAAUGGAGGCUAUGGAAACAAUGCUCAGCCUCGGACGUCUCUGACCUCAGUUUCACAGAGCUCCAAGCCUGCAGGACAGCUCAACAAUAUGUACAAUGCAGGCCUGACCGUUGCGGAAUGUGACCAGACUUAUGGAGGGUUCUUUGAUAUUCUGAGGGGUGGAACAGAGCGAUUUUUCACUAAUAUUAAGGAUACAUCUUCUAAAGUUAUCCAGUCUGUGGCCAAUUAUGCAAAAGGAGACUUGGAUAUAUCAUACAUCACUUCCAGAAUUGCUGUGAUGUCCUUUCCAGCCGAAGGUGUAGAAUCUGCCAUCAAAAAUAACAUAGAAGAUGUGCGGUUAUGUUUAGACUCUAAACACCCUGGCCACUAUGCUGUGUACAAUCUUUCUCCAAGAACAUACAGACCUUCAAGAUUCCACAAUAGGGUUUCUGAAUGUGGCUGGCCAGCAAGACGAGCACCAAAUCUUCAGAAUCUUUAUAGCAUAUGCAAGAACAUGCAUUUAUGGCUGAAGCAAGAUCAGAAAAAUGUUUGCAUUGUGCACUGCCUUGAUGGAAGAGCAGCAUCUGCUGUUGUAGUUUGUUCUUUUCUAUGUUUCUGUCGUCUCUUCACUACUGCUGAGGCUGCAGUUUAUAUGUUCAGUAUGAAACGCUGUCCUCCUGGCAUUUGGCCUUCUCAUAAAAGAUACAUUGAAUACAUGUGUGACAUGAUGGCUGAAGAACCCAUUAUUCCUCACAGCAAGCCGAUCUUGGUCAGGUCAAUCACCAUGACUCCAGUUCCACUCUUCAGUAAGCAGCGCAAUGGCUGCAGGCCUUUUUGUGAAGUUUAUGUGGGGGAUGAGAGAGUGACAACUACCUCCCAGGAAUAUGACAAAAUGAAGGAGUUCAAAAUUGAAGAUGGGAAAGCAGUAAUUCCACUAGGUAUAACGGUCCAAGGGGAUGUUCUCAUUGUGAUAUAUCAUGCCAGGUCAACACUAGGAGGCAGACUGCAAGCCAAGAUGGCUUCAAUGAAGAUGUUCCAGAUUCAGUUCCACACAGGUUUUGUGCCCCGAAAUGCCACCACAGUGAAAUUUGCCAAGUAUGAUCUGGAUGCUUGUGACAUUCAAGAAAAAUAUCCUGACUUAUUUCAAGUCAAUUUGGAAGUGGAGGUGGAGCCCAGAGAUAGACCUAGCUGUGAACAGCCACCAUGGGAUAACAUGAACAUAAAGGGACUGAAUCCCAAAAUCCUUUUCUCCACCCGAGAGGAACAACAAGAAAUUUUGUCAAAAUUUGGGAAACCAGAGCUGCCUAGACAGCCAGGUUCAACUGCACAGUAUGAAGCAGAAGCAUCCCAGCUGGAGCAAUCUUCAGAAAGCAUACCUACUGAGACAGAGUCUCCACACAGCAGUAGUACUGAUGCAAAUAACUUCUUUCAUUCUCUGGAUUGGAAAGAUGGAAAAAGUUCAGAAAGUGGAGUAGAGGAGAACUCAUCCAGAAAUGAUCAUGUUCAACUGACUGAUGACAAAGAGGAGAGUGAUCCUUCUGAUGAGGAAUUCCCUACAUUUUCGGGAGAAGAAGGGGCAGUGACUGUUGAUGAAAAAGACUCUACUACUCCAGAAGGAGAGUUGCUUUUUGAAGCCAGUUUUGAAACACCACCUACCCUGUUACAAAAACCUGCUUCUGAAGAGAAUGUAGAUUUACUGGGACUAGACUCUGAUGUUUCACCAGUACAGAAACAACCUAUCUCAGAAAUAAAUCCUUCAUCAAGCAAUGCGGACUUGUUGAACAAUCUUUUUGUGGGUAACACAUCACAGAUUUCAGAAGAGUCCACUGGAGAUCUGCUGGGACAAGGAACAGAUUUCUUUUUCAGCAGUCAAUCUCAGCAUCCAGUUGCUGCUCAGGCUAUGUCUUCUGUUGAUCCUUUUGAUCCAUUCACAAUGUCAUCGAGUGCGGAGAAUCCAACCCUGUCUGGUCCAGACCUCUUUGGAGAUUUCCUUAAUCCAAAUUCAACAUCUACAUCUAGUACAUUUCCUUCCACACAUAGUUCGCUUCCAGCUUCUUCCAGCUCAGACUUCUUAAACUUAGGGAAUUUGACAGCAGAGCCACCUAAAAUAUCAUCAUCUUCAAGCCAGCCUGAUCUCUUAGGUGGAUGGGAUUCUUGGGCAGAUUCCUCAACAACUAGCAAUGUGGCAUCACCACAGCUGAAGAAGUCUCUAUUUGAAGGUCAAGCUUUUACCACAGGGAGCCAGUGCAGUGUGUCUUCAGGUCCAUCUUUCAGCCAAGCUAAAUCUCAGAACUUUGACCCUUUUGCUGAUCUCGCCAAUCUUGGAUCUGGUCUUCCAGGUCCCUCCAGUGGCGGAUUUCCAGCUAGUGGGUUUGGUCAGAAGCCUGCUCCAUCUCAGAAGUCAGGAAAUCAGUGGCAGAAAACCACAAAACCGCAAAGUACUUCAUGGCAGUCACAGCCUAAACCCAGCACACCAGCUAAACCCAAUUAUACAGUAAACUUCAGCGUGAUUGGAGGACGAGAAGAAAGAGGAGUCAGAACCCCAAGCUUUGGUCAAAAGCCAAAGGUUUCAGAAAAUGAUUUUGAGGAUCUCUUAUCUAAUCAAGGGUUUUCAGCUAAAUCUGAUAAAAAGGGACCAAAGACCAUUGCUGAGAUGAGAAAACAAGAAAUGUCAAAGGAUAUGGACCCCUUGAAACUGAAGAUUCUUGAAUGGAUUGAGGGAAAGGAGAGAAACAUCAGAGCAUUAAUAUCCACUCUUCAUACUGUGCUUUGGGAAGGGGAAAACAAGUGGAAACCAGUUAGUAUGGCAGAUCUGGUAACUCCUGAACAAGUAAAGAAGUACUAUAGGAAAGCAGUACUUGUAGUUCAUCCGGACAAGGCCACAGGACAGCCUUAUGAGCAGUAUGCCAAAAUGAUCUUCAUGGAAUUGAGUGAUGCAUGGUCAGAGUUUGAAAACCAGGGAUCAAAGUCCCUUUUCUAAAACUUCACCUUUCAUGGAAUUUUUUCCAAUAACAUGAAGCUGAGCCAUGGAGCUGAGCACUCUUGUGACCUUACUGCGCCUAUAAUUUAGGAAAUACUUUUCCAUGAUUUCAGAACAGUUUGAAAUCAUGCACUUAAAUGUGAUGUAUUUUGUAAGAUGUAGUAUAAAGCAUUACAUAGAUGCAUUAAGAAAACAGCUGCUCAGUACUUCAAGAAAUCAGUCUGGGAGUAGAGAUUUCCUUUCAAUUUUAAAUAUGGUAAAAUGGAAUUUUAAUGAUGUUUCCUGGUAUCUGGUAUACUAGUAUCAAUUCUAAAUCAUUCCAAAUCCAUUGGUCUUUGCUUAACCACUCCUGCCCUCAGUUUGUUAUUCUCAUUAGUUUUAUGUGAUUUGAUUUUGAUGUUUGCCUGUCGCCUUAUUCAAAGUGCUUUAGUUGUCAGCAGUGCAUUUGCUUGGCUUAUCUCAAAUCUGAAGGUGUAUAUUUUCAGCUGUAUUUUAUGUAAUCAAUCUGAUAAUCAUUCUGUAAAUUAAAAUGUUUUCUGACAAUACCUGUGUUCCUUACAAUGAAUUAGCUAAUUGUUUAGUCAAGAUCCCAACUGUGGGAAAGUCAGGCAGAGUUGCUGUUUUUUUAACAUAUCAUGAACAUAGAAACAAAUCUUGGCUUUAAGAUCUGCAUGUUCCUGUUUUAUUUAUUAUGAACUUUGGAAGGCAAUACUGUGUGACCAGUGCUUAUUUUCCUAGUUCUUUAAAUUGUAUCUUUUGCUUCUGAUUUCAGUGGAAUGUGCCUUCCAUUGGACUUUACUAUGAUAGAAAUAGUGUCAUUCUGAAACUUGAAGUGUGAGCACAAAACAUCUUACUCUGAGUAAAUGUUACUUGACUAGUUGUCAUCUGGAGAGCAUUUAGAGUGCUUUAACACUUUUUUUUCUGCAUGUCCGAACUUCUGUAUUUUGAGGUAUGCAUGACAUCAGUGUAUGUGAAAACACAAGGUGCAUUGGUAGUGUCACAUUUCUGCUAUACCUUCCAUGCACUGGCUGGUGCAAAAAGAGUAAAGACCCAACUUGAGAACAAACCUUGCCAUUUUUCUCCUCCCUCUUAAAAUGGCAAUUUUUCAGUAGUGCUGGAGUAAAUGAAUGCAAAUGACCAAUUGUAUAAUAACAAACUGCAAAUUUCAUAGCAAGUUUGGAAAUGCUGAAAAUCACUCUUGCUGUAUUUAAGUUUUGGUAGCUGUCUCUUGGAACAAUGUAGUUCAGCCAUCCAAGUGGAUAAAGAUAUUUCAAUCACCUUGCCAUUGUAUCCAUUUAUCAUGCUUAACUGAGAGGGAAGCUAUAACAUCGUCAGAGGUUACUCUUCAGCUGAGCAACAUCUGACUGGGGAAAAAAAAAGAUUGCUAAUGUUAAGUAAACAAUGUUGUGUUGCAUGAGGUUUUCCACUGCCAAACCAGCCUGAGAGCUGAUGGGUGAUUUAUGAAUACAGCAUGCAAUUUAUAGUUGCUCAGAUCUAAUACUUAUCUGUUAAUGUCUGUAAUAGGGAGUGUGUGUAUAUAUACAUAUAUGCAUAUAUAUUCAGUUACUGUGAUUUCUUUUAAUUAUGGAGGCCAGCAUCAGGUGAAAGGUUAUGUAUUAUUCAGAGCUGCAUCAGGGGAAAGGUUAUAUGUUACUCAGAGCUGCAACUAUAUUUCAGUUGCUGCUCUGAAGCAGUCUUAAAUCUCAGGUUUCUCCUUUGGGAAAAUAGGUAACUUACCAUCUAAUUUACAGUAAAGGAACUAAAUUUUUUUGUUGGGAGAUAUUUUUGUCAUGCAAGGUCUGCAUCCAUAGAAAUUAAUGGCUUCUGCUGGUAAAAUAGAUAUGUUGGAGACCUGUCUGGCUUUUUACAAAUCUAAGGCAGAUGAUAUAUAGUAAUAGGCUUAAAAAUAGAUGCACAGCCCUGUAGUGACUGGCUGCCUACUUCAAAAAAACCUGUGUUCAUUUCGGCACAUUCAGGGACCUUAAUUUGGAGGGACACACUUUCAUAAUUGUUCUUUUCUUGAAUAUGUGCAUGAUUAAAAAAAAACACUGAAAUUUGGAGGAAAACCAUCUUCCUCCAUCUGCUUUGUAUGCUUGGUAGCAUUUUCUAGGAGAUCUCAACAGGUCUCUAGUUUUUUGUCCCCUCUUGUUUUCAAAGCUUUUCUUGGGCAGCAGAGAAGAACAUUAAGUGUGAUUUUAAAAGUGAGCAGGAAAAGAGCACCAGUGUUUUAUUUGGAACUGAAGACAUCUUGAAAUUGGCUUCCCCUUUUAAAAGUAUGGAGAAUCAUGAAGUUUGGCAGUGGUCUCUUCCAAGAGCCAUUUGACAGUAACUGAAGUUUCAGUCGGGUUUUGAAAGGAGUCCUCAACUUGUGUUACGGUUUAAGCAGCUCCAGUUCUCAGUGAGGGCACUGCCUGACCUCCUCUGUCCCGUUGCUUUCUAUUUAGUUGAGUUUGGGUGCCAGGAAUCUGGGAGAGGCUCUGAGAAUCCAGUGUGCUCAAAUCUCGACAGUGCUUUGGUUUGGUUUUUGUUUAACUAGUGUUCAACUGUGUUGUGUACAAGAAUGUACAAAGAAGGCUGACUUUCAGUAAGGCCCUUUAAAUGAACUUCCAAAAUUUAAGUAAUGAGCAUGAACACAGUAAAUGCAAGUUGUGUUUUCUUUAGAGUACAAAGCAGCAUGAGGAACAGUAAGUGUUUCAUUGUUUUAAAGCUUACACAUUAUGUUCUUUUACUGGAAUCUGGAAGAGGCAAGUUAAGGGGAAUUUCAUGUAAACUGACAUUGAGUCUUAACUCCUUUAACAGCAACAUUGUUUAUUUGGAAGACACAAGUCCAACAAGAUCUAUUUGAAUUCAUCUUGAAAUAGCCAUCAGAAAUGGUAGGAGUUGGAAGUGAAGACUCUUCCCUUUCACACCCUCUGUACUUCAUGGUUGUGUGCUUUACAGGAUAGGACUGUACCCAAACUGUCAUAUAUGUAUGUCACUAUAGCUAUAUUCUUAAUGUCUAUAAGUGGAAAGAAUUUCAGAAUAGGCUACAGGAAAACUGAUUGAGCUGAGACUUGAUCAGAUACUUUGAAUUCUCUCUGGGGAUAAAAUGCAGAUUUUCCAUUCACGCUUGUUAUGCUGUGCUCAGUUAGAUUUUUAAAUGGUGAAAUGAAAUAAUGCCCUGAAAGCUAGACUUUAUCUGCUUCUGCUGAUUGCAAAGCUUGGAGGUUCAGGUAAAUGGAAGUGGUGUCACCAGGUUGAAGCUAUCUGAGAGACUUCACAUGUGGUACCCAAAGCUCAGUUGCGAAGCUUCUCCUUGUCUCUUGCACCACGUUGUGCCUUCUGGACCAUGUUUGAGGUUUCUUUUUGUCUGUUAAUGGGAAAGGACUAUAACCGUUCCUUCAUUGCAGCCUCACAGGAUUCAGCUCUUAAAACUGGGUAGCUUCAUCUGCUAUUGCCAAAGCAAAGUGAAAAGAAUGCAAUAUAGAUUGAGAGAAGAGUAGAGAAAAACAUGUGCAUCUGAAAGUUAUUCCCUUAUUCACCCUUUGCUGACUUACUCCUACCUCUGUUUAAAAACUGGUCUAGACUGGUAGGCAAAAAUCUCUUCUUCAUUGCCUGCUUUUCCAGCCCUUUUAGAAGCGCUACUGGCUGAUUAUGGACAAGCGGUAGUACAAGGUGACUGGCUUUUUUGAAGGCGUUGCUAUGGAGGAGGGCCUGUAAAAUGAGAAGCAGAUUUCCACUAGUUACUUGUGAAGUUGCUUCUGUUAGAGUUGUAAGAUCUGGAGAGUCAGACAACCUAGCUGUUAAAAUAGAGAUCUGUGAAAAAGAAAUGGUGCUAGCAGUGCAUGUGGCUAGGACCUGCUAAAUGAGGAAGGGUGUAAUGUGUUUGGCCAUGUGGGGGAAAUCAGUUGCUUUCUUUAGCUCUGGGCAUGUCUGUCUGGUGUCUCCUACUGCUGUCAGACUUGACUUAGCAGCAGGGAAGAAAAAGAAAGGUUAGCAGUUAAGCAUUUAUGUCCAUAUUAAAUCAAGCAGUUAAUAUUACUAGUGGGUAUUGAUACAGAGGAAUGCAAUGGGGGAAAAGUCCCUCUGUUUUGUCACUUGGGUGAAGUUCAAGUAGUUUGCUAAUCAGUGGUAGCUUCUUUCAGCAAAUAUAGAAAGCAAAAUCUACAACAGUGCUGAUUAAGAACAUUUCCAUGCAACAGUGGCAAAGUCUUUGGUAUUGCAGUUAUGAGUAAUUAGUGCUCAUGAAAUAAAUGCCUUGCUUGUCUCAAUUUUCUUGUCGAUUCUAGAAAGUUCCUCCAAAGUUGCCCUGCCAGGCAUAAAAUGAGUUCUUUGACUUUGUCUCAAAGCUGCAUGCAGAGAAUUAAUAUUUUGCACCAACAGAACCUGAGUUUGAGCAUAACUGAGGUCUCAGCUGCCCUUUGGGAUUGCUGGGCUACACAAACCGUUCCACCUCCCAAGGCCUGACGGCAGCUUUUCAUCAGUGGCAAUGUACGUUUGCGUGGUCAUUGACCAUGGCAUUCUUUGCUGCUCACAGGGAAUAUUUCAGGGGUUGCAUAAAUGUGGUGAUUUUGCUCCUUAGCUCUGUCCUGAAUUGUCUUAACAAUUGCAGUGUAAUCAAUGCUUUGUAAAUAAGUUCAAAAUAGUCCUGUACAGUUGCCUGUGCUUUAUUGGUCAGUUGACGUUUUUCUGUCAAGAACUUGCAGGUGACUGACCUGCAAAAGCUGUAGAAGGAAUGUAUCAUUUCCCACCGCUUGAGCCUGUCCCUAAUUCAGAGUGGUUCUGGCUACCAGAUGCCCAGUGGUUGGCAGCCAUGCCAGAGGUGGCUGUGUACUAAGGGAUGACUCCGUUGAGCUGUUGUUCUAAUCUUGAUGAAUCUUGCAAUGUUUGCUUGCUCUCUGUUUGGGUGAGCUUAUUGUAGACUGCAGCUUAGGCUGCAUCAAACUUUAAACAUGCGCUCCAAAAAUAACUCAGUCAUUUUAUGAAGGAUACAUUUUUGUCAUGGAAGCUUUUAUUACUAACAGAGGAUUAAGAGGCAUUGUGAGAGUUCCUGAAACCCUCUUUAGUGGAAUGUACUGUAUAUUUGCUAUUUAGACUUCUAGAAGCAAUUGUCAUCUCUAUGAUGGGGAUUUAGCUUGCUCUGAGAUCCUUACUGUAAUUACCUGUAGUUGUGAUUGUACUUUCUAUACCUGUGACUUUUCUGGUUUGGGGUGGGUGGAAGGACAGAAUAGAUAUUCGAGUCCUAUUUCUGCCAUCUUACAUCAGGAAAUGCAAUGUACUGAGUAAUUUUGCUACUAGUGAAAUGAAAAUCUAUACUUGUAUGUAUAUAAAGGUAAUAUAGUCAAACCUUGUUUAAAAAAAAAAAAGAAAAAAUGAAUAGAUUUAAUGUCUGGCACAAUGUCCUUGAAAAGAAGAUUUUGCUUUCAAAUGUAUUAUGACUUAACCAGUGAUCAAUUAAAACAAACCAAAUGAU